AACAUCAGACGCCGCGGGCGACAACUUCCCACAUAUAUAAGAGGACCUGGGCGACUGUCCCUCGUCGUCAUUCUUUUUCUGCCUUCGUGCUUUCCGAGUCUCAGACAGGUAAAAAUGCUGUAUCAGUCAUUUGUUGUAGUUUGUGUCAUCUUACUGGCACUCAAUGGCAUCGUCUCUUCGAGUCCUCAGAAAUCAGCAACGGACCUAACACAGCCUCUGCUGAAUAUGCCAAUGGCUGAUUUGACCGAGAAUAUGAAGACCCCAGCCACUGUCGACUUUUACACCAAGUGCGUCAUCGGAGAAGGACCGUGCAACGCAGUUGGUACAGCCCUCAGAUCACUUCUAUGGGACCCCGUGCCUGGACAACCAAUCUGCUACGGUUGCAACGAAAGCCAGAUGCAACGUGUACGAUACGUGAUAGACACCAUGAAGGCCCAGUACCCACUCCACGCUUGCAAGAUCAGAGCCAAACUCGGAGAGAUCAGGCCCAUCUUCAGUGACGUAAAGUGCUGAAGGCCGAGACCGCCUGUGCAAGAACAUCACACCUGUUCUAACUUUUGUGAGAUGAUUGAAUUCAUUCUUCUUGCUUCUUUAUUUCUAUCCUAGUAAACUCCUUCAAAAUCCCUGAGCCUUUCUCUCUUGACUACAUUUUCAAGCUUUUGAAUCUGUACUUCAAGGAGCCAGUGACUGGUUAAAUUAUAGUAGUUAUUGUGUCGUCUUUGUUUUGCUUUAUUAUUAAAAGUUCAGCAUUU